AUGGCUCUGCAUUUGACUCAAUCUCAGCGUUUGCAGUUGGUGAUAUCUAUCUCUUUCUGCUUUUUCGUUGCAGAGAUAUCGGUUGGAUUCUACACACAUUCUCUAGCCCUUGUGGCAGAUGCAUUCCACUAUCUGAAUGAUCUGAUUGGAUUCGUCGUGGCAUUUGCUGCGUUGAAAGUCGGUGUUACGAUCUCCGCGAAGAAAGAUUCCCCCCAAGACCUAUCAUUUGGCUGGCAGCGGUCUCGACUUCUCGGUGCAUUUUUCAACGGCGUUUUCCUUUUCGCGUUAGGUGUCAGCAUAUUCCUUCAGUCGAUAGAGCGAUUUGUAUCUGUCGAAGUCGUGGGACAGCCAAAACUUGUGUUGAUCAUUGGAUGCGUUGGCCUUGCGCUCAACGUCAUCAGCGCCUCUUUCCUUCACGACCACGGCCAUUCACACGGUGAGGUUUCAGGGCCUUCAGUGGCAGCAGCGACGACUGGGGAUACGGAAGAUGGCACUGAGCAGGUCUUUGCCUUGCACGACAACCAUCGUCACAAUAACCUCCAGCCGUCCAAGAAGGGAUACGAUCUCGGCAUGCUAGGUGUCUUGAUCCAUGUGCUGGGUGACGCUGCCAACAAUGUCGGUGUCAUCAUCUCGGCUCUGGUGAUCUGGCUCACUACGUACCCGGCUCGCUACUAUGCAGACCCUGCUGUCAGCAUGGCUAUUGCCAUCGUUAUCCUUACAACAUCAAUUCCGCUGGUGAGGAGCUCGGGCAAGAUCUUACUCGAAAGCGUCCCAAAUGGUAUCAAUCUUGAAGAUAUCAGACAUGAUCUUGAAACUAUACCAGGGGUGUUGUCUGUCCACGAACUCCAUGUCUGGCGCCUCAACCAAGAAAAGGCAUUGGCAUCUGUCCACGUCACGAUUUCAAACGAGACCAUUUCCGAGUUUGUGCAAAUAGCGAAGACCAUGAACGAUUGCUUUCAUAGCUAUGGUGUUCAUUCGGCUACCUUACAGCCCGAACUUGGAUCAAAUCCUCCUUCAGCAAUGGUGUCAGGUGUUGGCGACCCGGAUGAUUGGUCGCAGCUAUGCCAAGUCAAAUGUGGCGUCUCAUGUGAGGUGUUGACAUGCUGUGGCUAA